AUGACAGCUCCACCCGCCCGGCAGUGGGGUGUGACUCCUCCUAUCUCAACAGUUCUUCCACUUCCGGCAGAAAAGCAAGCAAACGAUGAUCUCAUUGCUGAGCUCAAGGCGCAGAACAACUUUGAGUCGCCCGCAGAGACAGAGCGGAGACAACAGAUGAUUGGGCUACUUCAACGCGUUGCGCUGGAAUUCGUUAAGAUUGUCGGUCGUAAGAAAGGCUUGUCUCCUGCUGCUGUUGAGGCAGGUGGAGGUAAGGUUUUCACCUUCGGUAGCUACAAAUUGGGUGUCUACGGUCCAGGUAUGUUGGGUGCGAAGGAGUGCUCGCAGCGGUUUUCAAGGAGCUCUAUGAAUAACCUCGAUGGCAUAACAGGAUCUGAUAUCGAUACUCUCAUCGUUGGCCCGAAACAUGUCUCGGUCGAAGAUUUCUUUUCCGAUUUCCCUGAAAUACUUCAAAAGAUGUCUCCGGAAGGCGUAAUUGAAAAGAUGACACCCGUUCCGGAUGCGUUUGUGCCCAUUAUCAAGCUGGAGAUGGCUGGAAUUAGUAUCGACCUGCUCUAUGCUCGCCUGAUUGUUCCCUCCGUUCCGAUGAAUCUUGACCUGAAGAACAAUGAUUAUUUGCGCGGGUUGGAUGAGAAGGAGGUCCGGUCGCUGAACGGAACUCGAGUCACAGAUGAGAUUCUAGAACUUGUUCCUCAGCAAAAGACCUUCCGCCUUGCAUUACGUGCAAUCAAGCUUUGGGCCCAACGUCGUGCCAUCUAUGCCAACAUUGUCGGCUUUCCCGGGGGUGUUGCGUGGGCGAUGUUGGUGGCUCGAGUAUGUCAGUUAUACCCACAAGCCACUGGCUCUGUUGUUGUGGGCAAAUUCUUCAGAAUCAUGAAUAAAUGGGCAUGGCCACAACCUGUACUGUUAAAGCAUAUUGAAGAUGGGCCUCUUCAAAUGAAAGUCUGGAAUCCUAAGAUCUAUCCAAGUGACCGUUCUCAUUUAAUGCCCAUCAUCACACCUGCGUAUCCUUCUAUGUGUGCAACCCACAAUAUUUCGAUGUCAACCCAAACCGUUCUUCUCCGGGAAUUGCAACGCGGAGGAGAUAUUGUCGAUAAGAUCUUCGGGAAACAACUUUCUUGGAAUGAUCUUUUUACCCGCCAUACGUUCUUCACACAUGACUACAAAUACUAUCUUAGUAUUACGGCCUCGAGCAAGACCAAGGAAGCCGAAGCAGUCUGGUCUGGCCUUGUCGAAUCCAAGAUACGCCACCUUGUUGGCGCCCUUGACCGUAAGCCAAUCAUAGCGGUGGCUCAUCCUUUCCCCAAGGGAUUCGAAAGGUCCCACGUUGUUGCAAAUGCACAGGAGAUGGAAGUGGUGAAAAAUGGGUCAACGCAGUAUCAAGAAAAGGGUACAACCACUGAGACAACUGAUGAAAUCAAAGAUGCUGCACACGAAGCGGCGGCGCAGAACGGCAUGGAAAAUGCCGAGAUUCCAGAGCCCACCGAGCAGAAGGCCGAAGACGAAUCAAAGGACGAAGGCGAGAGCCGUAAAAUGUACACAACUACGUACUACAUUGGCCUUGAGUUGAAGCCGCUAGAGCCAGGUGCAUCGCGGUCUCUGGAUAUUUCUCUCGAUUCACACCACUUCAAAGGGAGUUGCACAGCGUGGCCUGGUUACCAACCAGAGGUCCAUGACUUGGCAGUCACCCAUGUUCGCAACUUUGACUUGCCCGAAGAUGUAUUCCAGCCUGGUGAAAGCCGACCUACCCGACCGAAGAAGAAAAUCAUCAAGAAGACCGACUCGGCUGGUCAAAAGCGAAGGAUUGCCGAGCUGGACGAUUCGUCACAAGGUGCUGUUAAACGCCAAGUCACUCCGAGCACUAUUUCCAGCACAGCGACACCAGCUUGA